UGUGAGGAUGUUUGAGUGUGACUCUGCGAGUGUAGGUGUAUUCAUGUGGGUGAAUCAUGGCUUUGCUUUUGUCUCUCUGCCAGGGUGUUAGUCGGAAACACCAAAAUGAGACACACAAACCACAGGGAGAUGGCACCCUUCGGAUUGGCUGUCAGGCUGUUGCUAUGGGAGGUUAGACUGCCCUCCCAUUGGUCACUUCAGGCAGCCGAGGACAGUGCCAUGUGGUUGGUAUGGCAAUAGACAGGAAGUUGGAGAUUGUUAUCGUUGGGAGAUUGAUUGUACAGGAUGUGCUACAGCAAUGAAGAUCAGACUGCAACACUGUGUUUUAGAGAGUGACGAUAAGUAACACCACGCUGCUGCCCUGGUCGAGCAGUGAUACGAUAAUCUCCAGAGGAGAGAUUAUAAUGGUCAGGCUUGUUAAGAGAGGGAGCAAACAAGAGACAGGAAGACAGACUGUGGGAAAUAGAAAGGGAAAAAUCGAGAGAGAAGGAGAAGAGCGACGGGAAUUAGAGCAGGGGAGAGAUAAAAAUGCAAAAUAAGAGAGAGAGAGCGCAGGAAAGACCGAAUCUAAGAGAGAGGGGAACAGAUGAAUAGAGAGAGAAGCAAUGAGAGUGACUGAUUAAGAUUGAGAGAAUAAUACACAGAGAGAUAAAGAAAAUAUAUUUAUUGCAGCACCUAAGUCAUGACAAUUAGUUUAUUUCAGUGGAUGGAUGGAUGGAUGGAUGGAUGGAGGGAUGGAUGUACAUAGAUCCAUGAAUGGGACAUGUUUGGAUAGAUGAUUGAUGGCUAGCUGGAAAGGAUGAGGGAAGAGAUUGAUGAAUAAAUGGAUGGAUGGACAGAGAUACAUGAAUGGGAGAUUUUUGGAUACAUGGGGAAAUGGAUGGAUAGAUAGCUGUAAACAUGAAUGGGUGAACGUAUAGAGGGAUAGGUGGAAUAAUGGAUCUAGAGAUGGAGGGCUAGAAUAUGAAUGGAUCUAAGAUGGAGAUGGGGUAGAGAGAAAAAGAGAAGGAAAGAUACUGAGAAAGAAAAUGACAGGAGAAGGAAAGACAGAGAAAAUGACAGGGGUAGAUGAAAAGUAUAUGUUCUUUUAAGUCAGAAUUAAGGAAAUAAAUUUAUUGUAAUGGAUGGAUAGAUAGAUGAAGAGAUGGAUGAAGUGACAGAUACAUGAAUGGGAUGUUUGGGAUGGAAUGUGAAUGGGAUGUUUGAUGGCUGGAAACAUGGAUGGAUGGACAGAGAUGGAAGGAUAAGAGAUAUAUGGAUAAAGUUACAGGGACAGGUGGGUGGAUAGAUCGAUGGAUGGCCAGAGACAUUCAAAUGGGAGAUGUUUGUAUAGAUGAUGGAUGGAUAGAAGGGGAAAUGAAAGGAUGGGCGGAUGGAUGAACUCUCAAUCACAGUGCAGCCACUGUGCUAAUCUUCACCAUUAACACAUAAACUACGACACUAAAACAGCGGUUUUUCGAUGCAGUCACAAGGUGGUCACGUGAGCAGGAAAGAAGUCUGAACGUGGAGCCGACGUAGAUCCAUGUGGACAGGAGGUGUUCCCUAAUCUUAAAGCCCCUCCCCUUCCCUUACCCAUUCCCCUCCUUGGAUUCUGCCAUUGGUGGUUCUUUUCGCACCUGUCACACCUUCGUCACCAUGACUCUGCCUCCACGAGAAGUCGGUUCAGAUCCACUGGAUGCUUGCGAUUUGGGAAAGGAUCGUCAGUAUGAGGUGGUACCCUCCGUGAUCUGCUCCAUGUGCUGCCUGUUUGGCAUCAUCUACUGCUUCUUUGGCUACCGCUGUUUCAAGGCCGUUCUUUUCCUAACAGGCCUGAUGUUUGGCUCGGUGGUGGUCUUUCUGCUGUGCAACAAGAACCUAGACACACAGCUGAGCGCUGAGGCAAGCGCAGGCAUCGGGCUGGGCAUCGGCACACUGUGCGGUCUGGUCACCAUGUUGGUGCGCAGUGUUGGUCUCUUCAUGGUGGGCCUGUUGCUGGGUCUGUUGGCAGGCAUUGGCACGCUGGUGGGCAUGGAGGAGUUGUCAUCAGCACCACCACGCUCCGUGUGGGUGCCGCUCGGGGUGUUGCUGGGCCUGGGAAUGCUGUUCGCUGUUCUCACGCUGCAGUGGCAGCGCUUCUUCACCACUCUGUCUACAGCAGCGUUCGGAGCAGCCGUCAUCGCUGUGGCAGCCGAUUACUUUGUGGAGCUGUUUGCGUUGGUGCAUUACACCUAUGAGCGGGUGAAGGCUGUACCGUCACGCUCGCAGUGUUGGGUGACGUGGGCCGUGCUUGGAGCCUGGCCUGCCCUCGCCCUGCUGGGAGCGCUCGUCCAGUGGCGGGUGACGGCUGAGGGAUACUCCCACACUAAAGUGAUGAUAAGCCGUCAGCAGCGGCGAGUGCAGCUCAUGCGGAUCAGACAGAAGGAGGAGAGGAGAGAGUGCAGCAGGAAGAAGAGGAGGAAGCAGCAGUCUCAACACCACACACACUCGGGCAAAGUCAUGCACCCAGAACCACCGUACCGUAGGAAACCCCAGCCCGUCCGCCGCUAUGACGGAGAUGUCCUCUCUCCUAGCUACAUCCAGAGUUUCCGAGAGCGGCAAGGGGAAGGGUGUGUGUAUCCUGGUGCCCGGCUCUCUGGCACACACACAGCUGUGGACAUGGACUACGAAUGCGGCUCAACAGUCCCCCUCACCUCUGGUGCUGGACCGAACCUCCGAGUGUGACGACACACACGUGCACAUGGUUACACACUCUGACACGCUCAUCUCACUGUCCUGCUGCUGUCCCUGACCUGUCUCUGCAUACACAGCUGUAAGCACUGUAUAGACAAUGAGCAGGGGGUGGGGGGAGCCACAGGCAUGAGCAUGUUGCUUAAGGAGUGUAUUCAAGAUAUGCACGCACCUACACACACCCAUACAAACUCCCAUUCACACAUAUGCACACUACUACUGCUGAACAUGUGCCUGAGCGGUGGCACAUCAGUCACCCUUAGAAUUACCAGGUGAAAGAAUCUGGAAAAGAAUAAAUCGAGGCCCAGCUCCAUCACGCUGUUUUUUUUUUUUGGUUUGUUUUGUUUAAAAAGCGGCACAUUGAACCCCCAUAAAGAUUCCCUGUCUGUCCUGCAUUAUUGCAAUGAGGGGAUUCUCUCUUGGUGCUGAAUCUUGUAACAUAAAGAUCAUUCUUCUCAUUGUAAAUCUGUGGAUUCUAGCAUUUACAUCUGCACUGUCAUAUUUCACAAAUUUGUCAUGAACUGUACCAAAUAGCUGUGCAGGAGGGGGAUUGCCUUGAGGCUCCAGUUGGGAGGCUGUCUCAGGAGAAUCUGCUCCUUGGCCUUGUUUUAACGAGGCUGCAGGGGAAAGAGCCAUAUUACAGCAGACUCUCUGGUGCAGAAUGAGCGCAAUUUCUAAUGGUGACAGAAAAAAACCAGGAGGUAAAGUGAUACUCAGGGACGGCUGGAACACUGCGGACUGUCGAAACGGAUGGAACUAUUGGCAGUAGCACCGGCUUGUGGAAUUGAGAGAAAGAAAGUGCUCGUUUUUGGGUUUUUUUUUGUUGUUGUUUUUUUUUUUUUUUAUUUUGGUAGAUGUUGUUUAAAUGGACUUCCACCCAGAGACGUCUGGCAUCAGCGAAUCCCCCGUGAAAUCCUGUCACUCAUUGCUGUGCUUUUGCCGUGCCAUUGUAAAGUGUAGUGAUAAUGCUGAUGCCUUCU